AUGGACAAGCAUAUGUUAAUACUUUUAAAUAUUUGUGCGGUUUUUGGCAUUUGUAUGCCAGCAACAAAAUGUUGUGGUAAAAAUGGCACACGCCUAUUUAAGCUUUACAUUUUGGUACUAAUUAUUAUUAUAUUUAUUAAUUGUUUAUUGGGCAUAAUAAAAAGUGAAAUUGAAAAUGCCUUUAUAAUAUCCUGGACUGUAUCGACUAUUGUUUUUGUUACGCAAUUAUUUACCCAUAUUGUUAUCCUAUGCGAGGCUUUAUCGAAACAACAAGAGCAUAUGGAUUUUUUACAAACUUUACAAGAAAUUGGUGAUUCUUUUAAAAUACUGCUAAAAAUGAAUGUGACACAAAGGACAACAAUUAAAGAAUUUCGUUUUACAUUUAUCAUUUUGAGCAUAUUUUCCAGUAUUGGGCUAAUAGUGUUUGUUUUGACUUUUUCUAUUUUUGCUGAUGCUGGUUACUUUUGGUGGGCUUUAAUAUCAAUUUUAGCCAUGCGUUUUCGUAACAUACAAUUGAUAAUAUAUGUGGAGAUUUUAAAACAUUAUAUAUUGAGUUUAAAUCAUAAACUUAAUCAAGUGGUUUGUUUAAAAACGGAAAAUUCUAAACAGUUAUUAGAUAUUGAUUACAAGUAUUUACAAUCUUUGGAGAUUAUAAAAAAUAUUAAACAUGUAUAUGCGUGUAUAUAUGAGGCUUCGAGUUUAAUGAAUGAAUUUGCUCAGGCUUCAUUGUUUGCUGCAAGUGCUUCGAAUUUUUUGGAUUUUACUUGUCACAUCUAUUGGACUCUUUUGACUAUGGAAAAUCUAUUGGGCAUAUAUAAUAUUAUAUCAUCCACGGCUAACAUGUUACCUUUGGCUGUGUUUACUUUAAAAUUUUGUCAUAGCUGUCAGGUGAUCAAAGAGGAGAGCCAGCGCACUUCUUUACUUUUAUCUCGUUUGACUUCAAGUGGUUUUUGUCCUUUAGUCAAUAGAAAGUAUAAGAAUUUAAUACAUGAUUUCUCUUUGCAAUUGAUGCAUCAACAAAUUGUAUUUACCGGUAAACGUUUCUUUAAUUUUGAUUUACAAUAUGUAUUUGCCGUUUGUGCCUUAAUUGCCACACAUUUAAUAAUUCUCAUACAGUUUACUAAAAUUGACUCUAAUCAUUAUGUCAAUAGCACAAUUGGGGCUUAA